AGAUCACUUGGGCUGGGGGAAGCUAGAGCUACCAUGUCAUGAAGACUCAGGCUUCCUGCCAACUGCCAUGUGAAUGAGCAAUGUUGGAAGCAGAUCCCCCUAGUUAAGCCUUCAGAUGGCUGCAGUCUGGAUGAUGUUGACUGAAACAUCACCCUGAGCAGAUCCUGAGCAGAACUACUCAGUUUUUUGUUUGAACUCUAUUUUGUCUGAUGUAAGUAUAGCCACCCCCACUUUCCAGGAAGCCUGAUGUAAUAUGAGAAGUCCAUCUACCCUAAGACCACCAUGCUAGCUAGAGAAGCCAUGUGUAGAUGUUCUAGUCAACAGUUCCCACUGAGCUUGGUCUUGUAACCAAGAUGUUAGACAUAUGAACGAACCAUCUUGGACCUUCCAGAACACUUAAUCCAAGUGAAUGCCAAGUAUCCUCCAUUCAUCCAGAUGAAUGCCAAGAUUCCUCCAUCAACGCCUCAUGGAACAGGUUUCUCCAGGUUUAAGUGACACUUCUCCAGAUGAAGGGUUAAUAGAGGACUUGACUGUGGAAGACAAAGCUGUGGAGCAACUGGCAGAAGGAUUGCUUUCUCACUACCUGCCAGAUCUGCAGAGAUCAAAACAAGCCCUCCAGGAACUCACACAGAACCAAGUUGUAUUAUUAGACACACUGGAACAAGAGAUUUCAAAAUUUAAAGAAUGUCAUUCUAUGUUGGAUAUUAAUGCUUUGUUCACUGAAGCCAAACACUAUCAUGCCAAGUUGGUGAAUAUAAGGAAAGAAAUGCUGAUGCUUCACGAAAAGACAUCCAAGUUAAAAAAAAGAGCACUUAAGCUGCAGCAGAAGAGGCAGAAAGAAGAGUUGGAAAGGGAGCAGCAACGAGAGAAGGAAUUUGAAAGAGAAAAGCAGUUAACUGCCAAACCAGCGAAAAGGACAUGAAAAGUUGAAUGUGUUUGUGUGUUCUUCCCUCCCUUGUCCCACGUGCUUUGCAUUUAAGAAGACUUAAGUGCAGACCGAAGUUAAGGUAGUGCCUUAUACCAUUGUGUCCUGUUUCGAAAUCCUUUCCCCAAGAGUGCUGUCUCUAUAUGUUCAUUUUAGCCAUUUAAGAAGCUUCUUCUCUUCUCUCCCCCAACCCCAAGUAAAAGACAAAAUGUCACUUGAUUGGA